ACAAGUCGAAGUCGCGUUUGAAUCAAUCCAAGUUUGUAUAGGUGUCAAUCCUUGCUGUGCUUUAAGAGAUGCUUUCGGAAAACUGGGAACGCUUGUAGUUUAAUGCUGUAGUACGUCGCAGGCCCAGCAAGGCGUGUUGCAGAAAGUUUCCUGCCCUCCUUGGAAUAGCUUGUGGGUGCAUCGAGACAUGCAGCAUGCAGUUUCCACCAGAGCUCAGAGGUAGCCAGCCCUUUCUGACCUCAGGUUUUCAGCAGCCAGAGCAGCCCUGGGGUACUCAGUCUACACUGCCUGUCACCCAUGGCCCCCCAUCAAUGCCAGCGACCAUGCCUACAGCACCACUGCACAGCGGGUUACCCACGUGUGCCACCCCGCCUGGUGCAGUUCCGCCGUGGCCAUCAUCCUCCCCUCCGCUGGCGGCAUUCACCACUGUGCCCACCCCAUGGGUGCAGACAGUGCCCAAUGCUAUGCCAUGGGGCACCUAUCCAACUCCUACCACUGGGGAGCUGCAGGUCAUGCGAUUCUCAGCCGGUGAGGCUCCCAGAUGGGCCGUGAAUGAGCGGCACUUCCGUAAGCGGCACCUUCCUCCUUUAGUGGGCGCUGGGUUCCCACCGAGGAAGCAGAUCAUCACUGAGGAGAAGAUCACGGCACAAAUGAGUGACCUUAGCCUGGAUGGAAUGGUCGCAGCCUGCAGCCGCAGUAAGGAGGAGGAGGAGAAGCGGCUGCACGUGCUCUACCCUGACCUAGAACCCUCGCCUGAGCCCCUGCUGCCACGGCCCGUGCUGGAGGACCUCCGCAAGCGGACAUCUAUGGCUGUGGUGCUAUGGCAGCCCCCCCCCCUGGGGCGCCCCCCUGUCCAGGAUGGAACAACUGAGGAGAGCAGCUCGGACACACAAGAACAAGAAUCGGGGUUCGAAUUGGUCCUCAGCGAAAGAAUCCUACAACAGGAAAACAAAGGGAGAAGAACAGGAGGACGCCAACAUGGAUCUAUGACAGCCAUUGCCACUCCUGGAGAAAGCUUGUGGCAUACCAGUGGCGACAUGCUCUGGUCUUGCCUUGACAGCUGUGGCAUGUCAAGGCUUUUUGCGAGCCAGUCACUGCACGUACAAGCCAACAUACAUCAUCACCUUUAAUUACUGGCACGACUUGUUGAAGUCGUGACAAAGUGUACUGCCGACCUGCUUGGUGAAAGGAAAGGCACUUACAUUCAAGUGUACUGAUUAACAUUGCACAUAAGAAAAAAGAAAGUAAUAAAAGCCAAGUAUUGAAUAA